AUGCCUGGACGCGUUCAGAGCAGGAGUUUCACGACACCGUCUGGUGGCCGUGCCGUGGAUGCUGCAAGCUCGGGAAAUGGCUUCGGACAGUUGGCGCCGCUCCUCAGCGAGCUGGAUCAAAUGGCGCCGAGUUUCGACGUUCGAGGAGACGACAUACGCAUCAUCCAGUCACCAGCUGAGUUUUACGAGACACUCAAGGAUCGUAUUCGGAAUGCAAAAAGUCGCGUCUUUCUGUCGACGCUGUAUAUCGGCAAGUCGGAGCGCGAGCUCAUCGAGACUCUCGGCGAGGCCCUCAGGCGCAACCCCGAGCUCCAACUGAGCAUAUUGACGGACGCAUUGCGUGGCACCAGAGAGGCGCCGAACCCGUCAUGUGCCUCGCUUCUCGCGCCUCUCAUCAGCGAAUUCGGUGCUCACCGGGUCGAGAUCCGCAUGUACCACACGCCCAACCUGACGGGCAUGCGGAAGCGUUACGUGCCGAAACGAAUCAACGAGGGAUGGGGGCUGCAGCAUAUGAAGCUGUACGGUGUCGAUGACGAAAUCAUCCUCGCCAACCUCUCGGCAGACUACUUCACCAACCGCCAGGACCGGUACCACCUCUUCACCUCGAAGCAGGUGACGGACUACUUCUGGAAGAUACACAGCGGCGUCUGCUCCUUUAGCUUCCUCGUCGAGCCCGCGGCCGGCGGCGCCGGCUUCACCCUCUCGUGGCCCGAGGCCAACGCGGCCCCAUCGCCGCUGCAGAAGCCGAAGGCGUUUAUCCGAAGCACGACGUCGACGCUGCAAAGUCUCAUCAGGCCCGGGGCGGCGCAACCGAACAGCGGCCUUGCCGAUACGAGAGUCUACAUGUUGAGUCAAAUGUCGCAGGUGCUGAAACCAGACUGUUCAACCGAGCUUCCCGUCAUCACACGCCUUCUCGAAAGGCUUGCAUCGCCCAGGUACGAGGGCUCAUCCUGGACCUUUACGGCCGGCUACUUUAACCCGGCACCAUCGUUGGUCAAGCUCCUCCUCGGGACUGCCUCCACGGCCAACACAGUCAUCACGGCAGCACCCGAGGCCAACGGCUUCUACAAAUCAAGAGGAGUGUCGGGCCUCCUCCCCGAUGCCUACGUUCUCCUCGCCCGUCGCUUCGUCCACAACGUCCACCGCGUCGGCCGUGACGAUGAGAUUUCCCUCAAGGAGUGGCGCCACGACACUGCUUGCCAGCCCGGCGGGUGGACGUACCACGCCAAGGGGCUUUGGGUGACCAUGGGCGGCGACGUCGGUCCCUCGAUGAGCAUAAUCGGCAGCUCCAACUACACCGAACGCAGCUACUCGCUCGACCUCGAGGCCGGCGCGCUCAUCGUCACGCGCAGCGAAGGGCUCAAGGCUAGGCUCGCCGACGAGCAGCGGUGGCUGCAGACGCACGCGAAGACCAUGACGCGGGAUGAUUUUGCAAAGAACGAGAGGAGAGUGGGACUCAAGGUCCGGAUAGCCAUGUGGAUCGUUCAGCUUGCCGGCGGAGCGCUCUGA